UGCCUUCAGUUAACAGACAGAAUACAGGUCUGAAGGAGGUUUGAGCAGGACCAACCUCACAAAAUGCCCAGAAGACAUAACCACCUGGACAGCAACUACUUCAGAGGGAAAGGACAUGUCUAUUUUGCAGCAGAAGAAGCUCUGGGUAUUGGACUGUUCAUUUUGGUGCUGGCAAUUUUACUUGCCUUUGGCUGCUGGUAUUACAAAAGACGUAGUGGCUACAAAAGUCUGCGGAGCAAAAGCUCUAGUGUGAGCACAAUACAAAACGUGGUAGGUGAGGGAGAAAUACUGGACUGCAAAAUGGCUCUGCAGGACUACAGAGACUUUAAUUCUGUGGUACCUGAUGCUCCACCAGCUUAUGACAAAAUUGCUGCAGAUCAGUCACCACCUCCUUAUUCACCAUGAUACCAUGAAAUUUGAAACCCUAAACAUACUGAUUCCAUUUACUCAUGCUAGCUCUUUAUUUCCUGUAAAUGCUUAACUUCCUUAAAGCUAAAAUCAUACAAAAGAAAACAACAUGUCUUCACUAGCAGUGGCUGAAAACUAUUCCCACUUAAUUUACAGAACUGGUCCUUGAAAUGCCUCAAUAAAUCUGAAUGUGCUUUUGUUUUAAGCUUUUCACUUUUUGCAGUCAGAUUAAUACAUUAUGGUCUGGUCAUCUUGAAUCCUUCAUAGGUCUACAUAGAUCUGUAGUCACACACUAUUCAGUAUCAAUCAGAAUAAAAAGUGACAGCACCUUUGUCUUCAUCUU